CGGGGACCGUACGCCGCCUCCGUCCCGUCCCCAUGGAGACCCGCCGCUCCGCGCCGCCCCGGCUGCUACGAGGCGCAGAAGCCCCGGAGAGGAGCCAGCCGGGAGCGGGCGCCCGGGGCGAGAACAGAGCCGCCCCCAGAGAUGGCUGCAAAGGUCCUGAACACCCUGGCACAAAACGUAACUAAUAAAUAUGGGACAAUAGAUUACAGCAAGUGGCAGAGGGUAGAAGCAAAAAAGAAGAAACCAGCUUUGCCACCUAUCGCAUCACCAAGUGAGGACAAGAAAAGCGAAGGGCGCUCCGCUGGCUGCCAGAAAGACAAGCGGUCAGUUCUAUUCAGUCCCAGUUCAUCCUUGCCUUCAAAGACAGCAUCCUCUCUGAAUCCCAGAUUUGGUCAGCAGAAAACCUCAGCAAAGGAGACUGAUGUAACUAAAAGCUUGGAGAACAUCAAAAUUAUUAAGAAACUGACUAAGUCGAAGAGAAAGUCCCUAAAUGAGCUGAAGCAUCACAGCACCACCCUUGUAGAGACCAACAGGAGACUGGCCCAGGACAUUCAGCAGACAGAUGCCAGUACUGCCAAGCAUGCCAGAGACCUGCUGCAGCAGUAUGAGAUGUUUGGGACAGUCAUCUCGACCCUUCGGGACUCCAAUCAGAACCAAGUUGGCAUAGCAAGAGCAGAACUCCAAGAAACAGAAAAAAUGGUGGAAAAGAACCUGAGGAAACUAGAACAUCAGGUGGAUCACAUGAACACCAAGGUGCAAAUGCUCCAGGAAGAGCUCAAUGUUUUACGAACAUACAUGGACAAGGAGUACCCGGUGAAAGCCGUCCAGAUAGCCUUUAUACAUCGCAACAUCCGAAACCUGAAGGAAGAACAGCAGGACGAAAUGGAAGAUAUAGAAGAUCUGGCCAAAACAGUAAUGCAGCAACUGGAAAAGAAGGUGCAAGAUGAGAAGGAGGAGAUAUUACAGGCUGUUGCAAAGGACAAGGCGUUUCUCUAUCAGGAGGGGCUGAAGCAGAUGGCUCUCAACAAUCGGAUACUCAGGAAUGAAAUCCAAAUGCAAAAGAAGGUCAUUCACACGCUGUUGGAAGAAAUCACAGAGCUCCGAAAGAGCAUUGUGACACUUCGCUGGACCGUGAGAGACCCGAGAGAGAAGAUGACUCUGAACACGCAGCAAGGGGGCAAGGGCCCUGUGCACAGACGGGCCAGCACCCCGGUCCCCCUCUCCCACCGGUCCAGGCCAGGGAUCCAUGAGCCGAGGCCUAACCCCAUUGAGUCCCAUCACCCUUCGCUUGGCUACUCCUCGUCCUUCGAGCCUGGAGACAAAGCUCCCAUCGCACCGUGCAGCAGCUGGUCAUCGGACUCAGCCGACUCCGACGGCUCCUGGGAAUCCUUGUAUCGCGUGGUGCUGCUGGGGGACCCUGGUGUGGGCAAGACCAGCUUGGUGAACCUCUUUGCCGGGAUCCAAGAGCGGGACCUGCCGGAACAGCCGGGAGAGGAUGCCUACGAACGCACCCUGUCGGUGGAUGGGGAGGAGACCACGCUGCUGGUGAUGGACACCUGGGAAACAGAGAGGCGGCCCCAGGAUGAGGAGAACCGGUUCCACAAUUACUGCAUGCAGGUGGGGAAUGCCUAUGUCAUUGUCUACUCCGUCACCGACAGAGUGAGUUUCGAGAGCGCCUCUGAGCUGAGAAUCCAGCUGCGCCGAACCCGGCAAGCAGAGAACAUCCCCAUUAUCCUGGUGGGGAACAAGACGGACCUGGUGCGGUGCCGAGAGGUCUCAGUGGAAGAGGGCCGGGCCUGCGCCGUGGUCUUCGAUUGCAAGUUCAUCGAGACGUCUGCCACUCUCCAGCACAACGUGACGGAGCUCUUCGAGGGGGUGGUGCGCCAGAUCCGCCUGCGCCGGGACAGCAAGGAGGCCAACGAGAGGCGCAAGUCCAUCUACAAGCGCAAAGAGAGCCUCACCAAGAAGGCCCGGCGCUUCCUGGACAGACUGGUCGCCAGGAACAACAAGAAGGUGGCUCUGAAAGUUCGCUCCAAGUCUUGCCAUGACCUGUCCGUGCUCUGAGACCUGUCACAAAACAAGACACUUCCUUCUCAUGCGUAAAGGGACCUCCCAAGCGGCUUUCUGCCAUGUACAUAGGGGUGUGUGAACUUUCUUCUCUGUUCAUGGCAUGUGGACAGGACCUUUCAGGGCAGACACGAGACUCAUCUGGAGCAAUAACCCAGGAGAUGGCGCCGACUUCCUAACCGGAGCCUCAGAACCAAAGUGACACCAGCCACCAGAAAACACCCAUGGGGAAGGACUCCUUGCAUUGUCUGAAUGUCCUAAUCCCCAAUAGUGCCUCCUGCCAGCCCUGCCACUUGCCUGGAGCCCUGCAAGAGGAGGCGGGCAGGGAGAAGCUAGGGCAGGUCUCCAGGGUGCUAGCAGGUGCCAGGAAAUGUUCUAGUCUUUGCCCAUGGAAGGGAGAGGGGGAGGAAGCUGCCCGCCCCGAGAGGGAGGGGUGGGGACUCUGGGGUGUUCCCUGGUGCCUAGAGAUAAUGCAAGUCUGACUUUGCCAACGCCAGGGAUGGGUUUGAGCAGGACACUCGGAUCAUGCAGCAGGGGCAGAACGGCCACCGGCUCUGCUGGAGUCCACAAAGCCAUCACCAAGGUCGGAAGCUGCCUCUGAACACUGCUGGGAGCCAGAAGUGCAGCUGGCCUGUGAUACUGUGCAGACAGGCACUCUAGGAAUCGCUUAGACAGGAAGGCCCUGAGCUGAGGUGCAAUGGUAUGUCGGCGUUUCGCUGCCACCUCUGGGCAUAUUAACGUCAGUGGGGGCGGGGCGAAGAGGGCAAUGGAGAAGCAUCUUCCUUGGGUAGGAGUCUGGGGUGGCCAGACCCCGCUUGUCUCCUGGCUGGGGUUGGGGACUGUAAGGACAGGGUUCCUUAGUGCCGGGGGCCGGGCGUGGCCGGGGGCGUGGUGGGGUUUUGUACCACAUCUCUCUCUUGUACAGUGUUUUUAGGAUCGAGGUUUUUCUGUUGUCUCUGUAUGACCGCGGUGACGACCCGCCUAGACUUGCAGAAUAAACCAGAUCUGGAAA